AUGGUUUCUAUUAAUUCGGAACUAAAUGAUUUUGGAGAACGAGAAAAGAAUAGUCAUGAAUUAUAUUGGCAUGAUUUGGAUAAAACAAAAUUUUUAUCUCUUUUGUCAGCAAGUUCAUUGGUACUGCGAACAUGUUUUCAUCCAUUAGCUGUUAUUAAAACUCGUCUUCAAACAGAUGAAAGACCUGUUAAAUCAACAUUAGAAAUGAUGAAAAAAAUCUCAAUUGAUGAAGGAAUUCGACGUGGAUUUUAUCGUGGAUAUUCAGUUGCCAUAUUGGCUCUUGUAUUUGAACCAGUUUUUAUGGGUACACUUGAAGUAACACGAACUUUUUUAAAUAAUAAUCAACCAAAAUAUAUAUCUUCAUCACAAUGGGAUACAAUAACUAGUUCAUUAUCAGCUGGAACAGCUGCUCUUGUACAACAAACAUUUAUUGUUCCAAUAGAUGUAACAACUCAACGUUUAAUGAUAACUCGUUCAUAUAGUGGUGUUCGAGUAAAAGAUGUUAUCCGUCAAAUUUAUAUUAUAUCUGGUGAUGGAAUUCGAGGCUUUUAUAAAGGUUAUUUCAUAACAUUAGGAAUGUCUCUUCCAUUUAAUUCAAUUGUUUGGACACUUUAUUGGAAAAUUCAAAAAAAUUUAGAAAAAAUAAUUCCAGUUAAAUAUGAUAAAAUAAUAAGUCCAUUAUCAUCAACAUUGGCUGCUCUUUUAACAUCAUUAUUAACACAACCAAUUGAUGUUUUAAAAACACGUUUACAAGUUGCUCUUAAAAGAGAAUCGAUUUUAAAAACAUUUAUUCUUCUUAUUCAACAAAGAGGUUUUAAAGGACUUUUUUCUGGUUCAAUAGCUCGAGCAUCAAUAGUAAUACCCAAUUCUGUUAUAAUGAUGUCUCUUUAUGAAAUUAUUAAACGUGCUUCAGUCAAAUCUCAGAUAUAA